CGCUGCUCAACUAAAAAUAAUGGUGGAAUAUAUGGAGAAGCACGACACAUUAGCUAAAAAUAGCUUACAGAGUGCAGCUAAUGGCCGUUCGAAAAGGAAAGAGUUAUGGGAUAAGCUGACGGAACUGUUAAACAGUAACGGACCUCCCAUGAAGCCAACAAAAGCAUGGCAGAAAGUAUGGACUGACUACAAAUAUAAUGCAAAACGCAAGCUUACCCAGCGCAUGAAAAGUAUAACAAAAACGGGUGGUGGUCCAUAUGAUGCGGUUUCAUUGAACCAUAUGGAGGAACGAAUAGUUGCCGCAGCCAAAAUAGGCGAGCACGUAUCGGGAGUACCAGGCGCAACAUCAUAUGGUUGCCAUACAAAUGGACCCAGCUGUUCUACUGCGGCUCCUCAGGCAGACGAUAAUUUCGUUUGUGAAUAUUUGGCCCAAAUCUCGAGCGCCGAUAAUACUUCUAGUGACGACGAAGGCAAAACAUAA